GUCUGGCGAGCGGUCGCAACCCGACAGUCGCGCGCUCGUAUCCACACGUAUUUCUCGCUCCCUCGCGCGUGUAACUUUUUAAUGAGGAGAGAAAAGGAAGAAAGGAAAAUACGAGAGAACGGGAAAAACUGCGGUAUGUGAGACGAAAAAUAUCGUUUCGAAAAUGAAUAAACGUUUUCUUUGUCGUGAAAUUUUGACUAACAAACUGACGGAGCUUUCGUUGAAAAUAAUCAAUCGCGCUGGAGAACCAACAUCCUCGAGCUCGAUUAUCGAGGUUUUCAUUUUGGAGCACGUCGCGUAGCGAUGAUUCAACUCGAAAUUCGGUAAAGGAUUAAUCGGUAUCGCCUGUGACAAUAAAGAUACCCGAAGUCGCUUGUAACGGGAAGCUAGUGAGUCGUGACAGAAGUGAAAGUGCAGCUUGCUAGUAAUUAGGAAAAUAAAAGAACGACGGAGAGGUUUUUUUGAACUUCCAUUCGAAUAACGUGAAGUUUUGCGGUGGGGGGGGAAAGAAAGAAGUGCGAGUACUCGGGAUAUGGAGAGGAAUUAAUGUUUCUCCCUGAUAUUCACGCCCCUCUGGUCCAGAGGCGCGACAGAAGUGGGAGAAAAAACUCGCCUCGUCGUUGAGCACACACGUGUUUUCGUCUGUCAUCGACGUUGCCAGAUCGGUAAAAGACUCCUGCAGUAGUAAAUGUCUUGGAUAUCCAGACGCUUCUCGCGCCUCGUAUCAAAGCCGAGAGGGAAAUAAUCGUCGGGCGGGCAGGAGAGGGGCACGUGUGUCCGUAUCGAUAAACUGCUUGCUCCGUUUCGACAGUUCGAUUCCCUCGUAAAUUUCGUAACAGCGUUUCGGGAUCGUUUAUUGACGAGAUUUCGUUCUCGUCGUCGAAAGUAUAUUCGAGUACGAUAGGGCCUUGGAUCGCCGUGAGGAUAAAAAAGCCCCUCGAUAGUAAGAACACGGAGGAAGGGAGAGAGACACUAGUGAAGGAAGAAAAAAAGGAGUAAAACAGCCGAAAACCCGUUUGACGAGAUUCUAGACAGCUGAAUUGAAUCCGCGUUACAAGGGCUCCAAUUUCAAGCCCAUUCAGUUGGGACAUCGGAAUAAGCGAGACGAAGAGGCCGAGCAAAAGGUCAUGUAAAUCAAGACGGAAUUAUUCUCAGUGAUUCACGAUCUUGCUCGAGACACGCGAUACCAAAAAGCGAAAGAAAGCAGCGCGCUCGCCCUCUCUCUGCUGGCACUAUUUGAGCCCCGGUAAACAAGGGAUUGUCCAAAAUGUUAUUCGACGAUGCUCAUUGACGAUAUUAGCUCGUAUUCCACCUGAAGAGAGAGGCAAGAAGAAAAAAAUGUUGGACAACACGGAAGAUUCGCCGAAGCGAAGAUCGACGUUUUACGUAUCUCUGGACGGCGAGCCACGUCAGAAUGCGUCAAAACUGGUGAAGACCCUGUCCAACGCGGAGAGCGAAAAGUAUACUUGCAACACGUUCCCGAUAAGUACAGCGAAGAAUCCACCGAGUGCCGUACUCACGCGGACUUUGAGCAACACCGAGACUUUCGUCGGUAAACAAACGCGAAACCUUCCACAGAGGAGCAUGAGCAUCGACAACACCGGUGUCGACGCCGGGGCAACAACGUUGCCGGUCGAGCCGCGGGGAAAAGUUCAGUCUCUGACGAGAAUAUUCGAGGCUCCGGGGAGAAGUCGUGAGCCAGGACACGAGACGAGUUCCAACGAGAGUCAGCAGACGCGAAAGAAAGUCGAGAGAACGCGCUCGUUCAAGACUAUCGAACGAUUCCAGAGCCGAUUCACCGGUAGAAAGGAAAUUGCUCGGAGUAACGGCAAAGAAGUAACUUCCGGUGUGGCGAGUCAACGUUUGAACAGCACCAUUGGGUGUCUCGAAGCUGGACGCGAAGAGUCAACAGCCGAUAGACGGAGAAAAAAAGAGGAGCUCAAGGACCCGGUUCCCACGGAGGCGAACAAGGAGCCGGGAACUUCGAAAAUCUUCAAGGAAAGCAGCGAGAACAAAAAGGUCGAAGCUAAGACCCGGAAAUUUGGAAAAGACAUAAAUCCACGAAAUCCAACGAUUUUGACGACUUCGCUGAAUAAUCAGGCGAACGAGAGCUCGGCGAGACGAACGAAGCCAAAUAAUACGAACGUCGGUGGAGUCUCGAGCAGCGUCGCCAAUUCGUCGUUGAAAAUCGGUGAAAAUCAAUCUCUCGGCUCGUCAUCCUCGAGCACGACGUUCACGAGCCUCAUCCGUCGAACUCACAGUACCAAAGUCGCCAGGAGUGCGAGCACUCUCGUCAGAUCGGACGCCAUUAACCCUAACAAAAGGCACGUACUCUCGUCAUCCGUUUCCUGCGACAAUUCGACCGGUAACGAUCGUAAAAUCGUCGUUUCUUCCAUAAAUUCGGUCGAUUGUUGCAACGACAAGGAUUACACGUGCGCGAAUAACGAGCGAUGUCUCAGACGCGAGACUUCCGGUGCGCGUAACAGCGAAGAUUUAUUCGGAGGCAACGAAUCAUCCUCGGCGUUCGAGGAUCCGGACGGCGACGCCGGCGUUCAUUCAGACACAUCGUACGAAAAGGCCUGCAGAAGGGGCAGCGCGCCCGCCACCCCGGUCCUGGGCGCGAGGCCACUCGAUGUCACCCCCAACAGAAUAGUCAAUUUCUUCUCCAAGAGAUCGUUCCGCUCGAACCCCCUUAAGAGAACGAAGAGCGUGACGAAGCUCGAACGACAGAAACAACGAGGCGCCGGACUUCGCGGUUGUCGAUCCCACGAAUCUCUACUUUGUGGUCAGGCCGUGACCUCGAUGGAUCUCGCAGCUGUGACGCCGCUUCAUCCGAGUCUCCUCGGUAGACCUCAUUGUUUUCAAGUAACCCCGAGCACAGGUGGACCAAAGUACUUUAGCUGUAGAACUGCGCACGAACGAGAUCAAUGGCUUCACAGCCUGAGAAAAUCCGUUCAACCGGACGCCGAACAGACACGUCGAACGGACAACUCGCUGCAGAUUUGGCUCCUCGAAGCCAAAGGCGUACCGAUGAAGAAACGUUACUUUUGUGAGGUUUGCUUGGACAGUACUCUGUACGCUCGUACCACAGCCAAAGUGAAAACGGAACUGUGCUUCUGGGGCGAACACUUUGACUUUCAUCAUCUGCCCUCCGUCAAUACUAUUCAAGUUAAUUUGUAUCGCGAAGCCGAUCGGAAGAAGAAACGUGACAAAAACGUAUUGAUCGGCUCAGUCAGCAUACCGGUGCACAACGUGACGUCACGUUAUCUGACGGAGAAAUGGUACCCCGUCGUGGGUGACAAGGGCCCUUUGAAAGAGCCACCCUCGCUGAGGGUCAAGUGUCGAUUCCAAUCGGUUGACAUACUGCCGGUACAAGUUUAUCAAGAAUUUUUGGAGUACCUGAAAACCGAUUAUGCUUCUCUUUGCGAAAAGCUCGAACCGGUUAUUGGCGUCAAAGCCAAAGAGGACAUCGCCACAGCUUUGGUUGCGGUUAUGCAACGUGAAAAAAAGGCUCCACAAUUUUUGGCCGAUUUAGUAAUGAUGGAUAUUCAUAGAAUAGAUGACGAGAGGCUCACGUUCCGUGGAAAUUCUUUGGCUACGAAAGCGAUGGAAGCCUACCUUAAGUUGACGGGUGAUCGUUAUCUCCAAGACACUCUGGGCGCUGUUGUCCGAGCUGCGGUAGAGGGCGGCGAUUGUGAAGUCGAUCCUUUGAAAGUUGCUUCGGUCGCUGCGCUCCACAAGCAACAACACAAUCUUCGUGCAGCGGUUGAGCUCGCCUGGAGUCGGAUACUCUCGAGCCACGCACAUUUCCCCCUCGAGCUGCGAGAAUGCUUUCGCAUUUUUCGCGAACGUCUAGCCGAAAUGGGGAGGGAAGACAUUGCUGACAAUCUCAUAUCAGCUUCAAUCUUCCUCAGAUUCCUUUGUCCUGCUAUUCUCAGUCCGUCUCUCUUCAAUAUUACCCACGAAUAUCCGAACGAGAAAGCAGCGAGAAAUCUGACCCUGGUGGCUAAGACGCUCCAAACCCUGGCGAAUUUCACGCGGUUUCAGGGCAAGGAAAAUUUCAUGGAGUUCAUGAACGAUGUGCUCGAAAGGGAGGCACCGUCGAUGAAAAACUUUUUACAACUCAUAAGUAGCCCAUUGCCAAAAGACGCGCCAUCGAACAAUUCCUUGGAAUUCGACGGGUACAUAGAUCUGGGGAAGCAGUUAUCGCUUCUCCACGCGUUGUUGCGUGAAAGCGUAGCAGCAACGCCGUCUUCGCCGUCAUCGCCAUCCUCGGCGUUGCCAGAAAUAUUGGACAGAAUAUCAUCGGCUUUGGAUCAGCCGGGCCCAAGUCCGACGCCGGUGUCCCACCGUUAUCCGAACAUCCAAAACAACAUAUUCCGUUACAACGAUCCAACGAUCGGUAACAGCAACACGAACCUUUCGAUAUCAGCGACAUCGACGUUGAGUAAUCACAGUACGUUGAACGGUACGUUGCGCGAGAGUAGCGAGGUUCUUCAGUCGAACACACUCGGUCAUCAGAGCACGAGAUCACCGAACGUAGUGAGAGCAGCGACUUUGCCACGAAACGCAUAUUUACCGACCAACGGAAAAUUCCAAUUGCAAAUAAGCUCCGACGAUUAUCACCCGUUGGAGCCAGCGGCGUUUGUCUCGCGAUCACCAACCCCGAUAACUCGUCAGCACAGGCCGAUAGGAUCGAACAGGUCUGCGACAGCUGGUUACCGUUUAACGAGUUCGGCGAGUUUGGCAAACGUGAACAAUUGCCAACAGAAUAUGCCGACGAGUCCAACGCGUUCGGAGAGUCACAGCAAUCUCAAAGACUCCAAUUACAACAUCAAUCAAAACAACGUUACGAACAACUCGAUGGGAGGAAUUCAGCUGCAGUCGUCGCACCAUCAACUGCAGCAGCAACAGCGCCACAACAACGGAAGAAUAGUCAACCUCGAAGUACACGAUGACAAUUACAAUCACAACAAUUACAACGUGUCUCGAUCGGGGAGCAGAAAUCAUUGUAACAAAGAGGAACAAAAUGCGAAUCAGACGCAUCAACAGAACUACAACAACGUUACGAAAACAACGGUUAACGCCAAUCCGUCGAUAGUCAAUCACUCGAGCACGAAUCUCACACUUUCUAUCAAUCAUCAACCAAAUAAUAAUUAUAAUAUUGGUAAAAGCCACAAUAAUCCAUCGACGAAUACGACCGCGAGCACCACGGCCGCGAUCACAACUACGGGCAAUGGCAAUUUGGACGAGUUCUCAGAUUUACUGAGAUACGCCGAUGACGAAGCGUCCGAGUCGAAAUCACAAAAGGGAUCGCAAAUUUCUAUCUCGCAAUUGAGCAACGUUGCUUCCUCCGGUUACCAAAGCUUCGCAGCCUACAGUCAAAGCUCCAGUCCCGUCGAUCUUAGCAACAACGCCAACCCUCACAUUUUGAACGCCGCACCUCUGGCUUUCGCCAAUCCGGUUUAUCACAUGGAAUCAGGACACGUUAGGAGCGGACGGCGUGGCAGCAGCAGCUCCGAAGAACGAGAAGGCGGCGGAGUCGAAGGCGUUCGUGGCGUCGAUCUCAGCCCUUCUCCACCUCCACCACCGAGCAUUAGAAAUAUUCAACGCAACGGACAAAAUCAAUGGAGAAAUACGAAUGCCUCGCAUCGCACUAAUAACGAACAGACCGCCAACGUUUGCUGCACCAACCUCAGGAGAAGACUGUCUCUCGACUCCACCAGAGAUUUGUCCGACACCAGCGAGGAGGAAAGUUGUGCUACAAGACGGAGCAAAUCUCGGAGUCACCGGAGCGUCGAUCAGUACGAGGUGGAAAUCGAGAGGUUGCAGAGUAGCGUUGACCGUUUACGUGCCCGUUUGGGUACGACCGACGAUACCGAAAUUGACGGAAUAGCACCCGACGCCAAAAUGAAGAGCAUCAUCUCCAGGUUAAUCUCUGUGGAGGAGGAAUUACGGAGGGAGCAACAAAAGAUGUCGGCAACACUGUCGUACAAGCAGCGCGUGAUCGACGCGCAGGAGCAACAAAUUGCAGCAUUGGACGCUGCAAAUUCGCGUUUGAUGUCGUCAAACACAAGACUGUUGUCCGCAUUGAGCACGUUGAAGCAACGUUACAACGCAAAAGCGCAGCCGAGUAGCGAGGCUUCGGCAUUACUCCAAAACAUCGCGGACAUCAGCGAGCUCAAGAGUUCGUCUUGUUAGAAACGCAAGAAAAAUGAAAUAAAACCAAGAGAGAAUAAAAAGAGAAAAGCAAAAAAGCUUCGGAAGAGCUUUCACUUCGCUUUAAAACUAUUUUCACGAAAAUCUCAUUUUCGUGAAUUUUCGUGUUUCGUUCGUUCGUUUAUUUUUUUCAUUCGUUUUUAUAUCAUUCGUCGACGUAGGUUUCGCCAAAAAAAGACGAACAAAAAACCAAUCACUACGUAAUUUACUCGAUAAAUGUGUUGAUCGACCGAAAUAUAUUUCGAGAUACAAAAGAAAAAUAGAGGCUAUUUAGCUUAUAAUUAAACACGAGAUAAGUAGAUUCAUUAUUGUCGAAUUAUAUGUCGAAUUAGAGAGAGAGAGAGCGAGAAAAAACAACUAGAAUAGUUUGUACACGAUGAAAAGAAAGAAAAAACAUUUUCGUCUGUUUGAGCUAUUUUUUUCGUCUGGGCGAUGUGCGAACGUCUGAGGAAAAAAAUUGUCAGGCAAAAAAGAAAUUAUGUCACAAAAAUAUCGUCACUUUCAUGGAAAAAAGAGAAAACAAUUUACGUUCAAUUCGUAAUUUAUACGAAUGAGAUACGAGUCGAAGGUUUUAUCGAUAAAAGUGCAAUCUUUUUUCGCUUAUCAAUUAAAUUCUCUAGAUAUCGCUGGCGAAACUUACCAUGACCCCCAAAAACAGCCCAAAAAAUUUCUAUAUAUCUCGAUGAAAUUAUGGAUUAUACUGAAAAAGAAAAGAAAAAUCAGACAAAAAAGGAACUCGAAACGACCACAGCACUAUGGCCAAGAGUUCGAAAGGACCUUGUGUACAUGCUCGUGUUUAUCUUCGAAAAUAAUUAAUAUUCCUUUUGAUUUUUUUUUUUCAAAUAGCCUGAAACUUCUCAGUGCUCGUAACAAUGGAAUGAGAUAUAGACAUACAUAUAUAUACAUAUAUAUAUAUAUUUUUGUUUGCGAUCGAAUAAUCUCAACGCGAUGAAUAUUCAUUCUCGUGAUCUCGAACCGCACCCCUCAAUGCCCCCGUGCCCCUCUCGAAAAUUAUGAUCUAUCUGAUAAUAUUUAUUUAGUAGUUUCUACCAAAGAUGAAUGACAAAAACAGCAAGAAAUGGUUUGACAAUUUGUAUAAAAAAUGUUUCAUGACUUUGUAAGAUAUGUUUUAUUUUAUUUCUAUUUUUCUAUUUUUCUGUUUUCUCUUAUUUUUCAUUUUAUCUAUCGUCUGUGUCGCAAAACCUGAUCGAAGACUUCGUGAACGUGAAAUUUCACUCCUGACUCUCUUUUUAUUUUUAUUUUUUCUUUCGUUUUUUUUUCACCAAAAAUGUAAUUAUUCUUUUUCUUCGUUUUUUUUCUUGAGGACCGAAACUCAAUGACAAGAUUAAUUUAUAUUGUACCACAUAAUAUUAUAUAACUAUAAAUCAAUAUCGUUCUGGUUAAGAGUGAUCGAGGUAUUGCAUGAACCCUUUAAUAUCAUAAAACGUUAUGUUCUUACAUCACCCACGAGAAUUAUCGUAUUAGCCGUAUAUAUUAUAUAUAUAUAUAUAUGCCGGGAGUGAACGUAAGCGAAAUUGGAUUUUUAGUGCGUAACAAUCCUGACACGUGUGAGCGAGUGUGCAAGUGUGUGUGUGUGUGUGCGUGUGUGCGUGUGAAUUACGUUCGAACGAAAACGAGGCUGUAAAUCGACAAUUGCCCUCGAUCGAGAAGAUCGUUCGGUACCGAAAAUCUUGUAAGAAUGUGCUGGAGAAUGAUCGUCUGAAAAACUAAAAACAAACGGUUACGACUUAGUCUAAUCGUAAUAAUAAUUAAAAAAAAAAAAAAGUAUUAUUCCUUUCGUUCUGUAAAUUAAGGCAUUCUCUCUAUCCUCGGAGAGAAUUUAUGUAAUUGUAUCAAUGACUAUUAUUAUUUCUUUAUUUUCGCACAAAUAUUCAUGUAUAGAUGAUUUUUACUUUUUGUUUUGAUUUAUUCUCCCUUUGAAUCAUCACCACCCUUCUCGUCUCUUCGAUUCGAUUCAAUCAUUUUUUUUCUAUGACUUUAAACCACGAGAAUCACGAUUUACAGAAUCAUUCGUUGAGUGUUUAUAAUUUUAAACUUUGAAUUAAUAUAUUGUCACUAUUGAUGCGCUAACGUUUGUUGAAUCGCAAGUGAGAAAUGUUGGAAUCAUAUAUCGCAUGUGUAUAUGCUGCUGUAUCGUACUUCUCCGUUCUCUCUUAAAUGAAAUUUUAAAAAAUUCAAUAAAAAAAAAACACCGACCCAAUAGAGCGAACUAAGCAUUGGUAAUGUCUUUCUCAAUUAUGAAUUACCUGUAUUUAAGCGUUUAGUAAUUAUUAGUACUACUACGAAAAAAUAAAUAUCGAUUAUAGACAUUAAA